CUCGCCACGAAAUGCCCCCUUGUCGGUUUCUCUCAAGGUGCUCGGGUACGGCUCCAGAAGGGAAUCAGCGGCUAAGAUACUAAGGGUGACCAUGGCAGCCCUCAGAAGCACAGGAUUACCCAUCCGGUCAUUUGAUGUGUUUACGGAAGGCUAUACCCACAGACGGGGGCCGGGGGGUUACUGUAGGUUUCCCAUCGGCGAAAUCACCGAGGCUUUAUCCGGCGGCAGCACGGCCGACCUGAACAGGCUAGCAACGACUUUCCAACCAUGCAAGAAAUUAUGCCUCAGCUUGGCGCACCAUGUGAUUAAAUCUAGUUUCCACCAACCCAGACACAUCGUGUUCCCGCACAGUGACGAGACCGCCCGAGACCAUACCCGAUCCCUUUGUGACCUCCUGAAUCUAUGCCCCACGCUCGAGGAACUGCACUUGGUCUGGGAAUAUGACUCCGUCAAUGAACAAACCACUGGGGUGCUGGAAGAACUGUACUUCUUCAGCCGAGUGGCAGAGUCUUGUCAGUUUCCACGCUUGGAGAAAUGCACAUUGCACAAUCUUCGAAUGACCGAGGCCACGCUCCUGACCUUCUUCCGCCAGCUCAACGGCUGGUGAAUUUAGUGUUGCGAUAUAUUUUUCUGCAAGGUGAACUCAAUGGCUUAUUCAGACUUCUGUCUACAACAAUGCCAGAGCUAAGAUAUUUGCGUCUUCAAGCUCUCUUUUCUUCUACUGGGACUGUCUGUUUCUUGUACGAGCCCCCGGAGAAUAAGCUGAGGAACCCGAG